AUGUCGAGUUCACUCCCGAGCGCUCAAUGGCGCGACGUCGCGAGCGUCGAUGCGCUCAGCGCACCGAACGCGCGCUUGGCCGUCUGCGUCGACGGUCGACACCUCGCGCUCGUUCGCUCCGGAGACUCCCUUCGCGCGAUCGACGCCACGUGUUAUCACAUGGGCGGGCCGUUGUUACGGGCGGAGAUCGAGGACUUGCCGGGGCGAGGGGCGUGUUUGGUGUGCCCGUGGCACCGGUACCACGUGUCGCUGACCACGGGCGAGCGCGUGUACAGAAAUGUAGAGGGUGCGUGGAUCGGAAUCGCGAAGAAACAGCGCGUGCACGAGAUUAAAGAGGAUUUGGAGAGCGGUAGGGUGCUCGUGCGGUUGUGCGCGGACGAGGAUGGGACGUGGGAGAGCGAUCGGUACGCGCGAAAGGCGCCGCCGCCGAGCGUUCGCGGCGUCGGGACGGGCGGACGAGGAAUGCCGUCGUCGGGACAGGUGUUCAUGGCGUCCCGUCCCCGGGAGAUUAACGAUUUGAGGGAUGGAGGGGAGUGUGGACCGAUGGCGCGCACGAGCGGGGUGCGAUCGAUGGUUGCGGAGUCCAUGCGCGGCGGCGACGGCGUCGCGCCUUGGGCGAUGGAGCGCGGUAGAUUGGAUUCGGCGAACGCGUUCGGGGCGACGAGCGUGCGAAAUGUGCGCAGAGAGUCGAAAAUAAACGUUACAUUCGAUGAUGGGGACACCCGACGUAGAUCAGAAGGUGAGGAUGGGAAGUUUGGGUGA